UUUUCUGGUUAUAAUGAAACUGUGACUCAGGACACAGUGAUUGCAAGCAAAUCUCCAUUGUUCAUUAUUUAAAAUGUCAGUUUCAGCUUGUCUUUUAAAUGACCUGACCUAUAAUAAAACGUAAUUAUCUUUCUUUUUAAAGAGUGUUCACUGUGAAGAGGACGGAGGGAGACGUAAUGAGUGUUGCCAUCAAACUGGGCCUUUAUGUAAAUGGUUAGGAAUACCUGCUUUACAGCCAGUAAGGUGAAGGUUCAUUAGUUUUUGGUAUUGAGAAGAGUGGGAACAAGUCAAUGGCACCCCUUCCACUUGGCAUUCGCUUCAUAACUUCAUUUUCACGUGAUCAGUGCUACAGAACGUUUACACUGAUUCUGACCUUCUUGCUGUACACGGCUUAUCAUCUGUCUCGGAAACCAAUCAGCAUUGUCAAGAGUGCCCUGCACAUGAAUUGUUCGUUAGCCAAUGAAGUUGAACUGUACAGCUAUAAAGAACAUUUGAUUCAGGCUAAACUACUGAGAAAAGCCUUCUCCAAUGACACUUGGUGCAGCUGGGAGCCCUUUGAUAAAAGUAACUACAAGCAGCUAUUGGGAGCCCUGGAUUACUCAUUUCUGUGUGCGUAUGCUGUUGGAAUGUAUGUCAGUGGUAUAAUAGGAGAACGUUUAUCUAUUCGAUUGUACCUCACUUUUGGGAUGUUGAGCAGUGGUGUAUUCACUGCAUUAUUUGGUCUGGGAUACUUCUACAAUAUCCACAAUUUACAGUACUACAUACUUAUUCAGAUUGCUAACGGUUUUGUGCAAACCACUGGCUGGCCCAGCGUUGUGACCUGUAUCGGAAACUGGUUUGGUAAAGGAAAGAGAGGCCUGAUCAUGGGCAUCUGGAAUUCUCACACCUCUGUGGGGAACAUCCUAGGCUCCCUGAUAGCUGGCUACUGGGUGUCCAGCUGUUGGGGAAUGUCCUUUGUGGUGCCAGGCAUCAUUGUUGCUUUGAUGGGAGUAGUUUGUUUUCUGUUCCUAAUUGAACAUCCACAAGAUGUUAAAUGCACUCUAUCCCGAGCCCGGAAACCAUCCAAAUGUUUAACUGAGUGGGUUGGAUUUAAACAGAAGUACCAGUUUUACCAAAACAGUAGAAGUGACUCACUAGGAGACCCAGAACAGGAAUGUUUUUUGAAGUACAGUGAUCAUCAGCUUUCAGCCAAGUCCAAUGGCUUUCCAACAAACCAUGUUGUUGUCAUCAGCAAUGAGAAAGGGGAUACACCAGCAGCAAUUAGCUUCUUUGCAGCCCUGAGAAUCCCGGGAGUGUUGGAGUUUGCUUUCUGUCUCCUGUUUGCCAAGUUAGUCAGUUAUACAUUCCUUUUCUGGCUGCCAAUGUAUCUUGCUAACAAAGAACACUUUGAAGCCAAGAAAGCUGGAGAUCUUUCAACGCUGUUUGAUGUAGGUGGAAUCAUAGGUGGAAUCCUUGCGGGUGUGAUAUCUGAUUACACAAAAAAGAGAGCAACUACUUGUGGAGUGAUGUUGCUGCUGGCUGCACCAACACUCUACGUAUUUUCUGCGGUUGGCUACAUGAGUCUGAAAGCCAUUGUUGUUAUGCUGAUUGGCUGCGGGGCAUUAGUGAAUGGACCAUAUGCACUCAUCACAACUGCAGUGUCUGCUGAUUUGGGCACACACAAGAGUUUAAUGGGAAAUUCCAAAGCUCUGUCCACUGUGACUGCAAUCAUUGAUGGUACUGGCUCCAUUGGUGCUGCUUUAGGACCUCUGUUAGCAGGGCUCAUCUCUCCCACAGGGUGGAACAAUGUUUUUUAUAUGCUGAUGGUUGCAGAUGCCUUUGCUUUUUUGUUACUGAUACGUCUUGUAAUGAGGGAGCUUCGUUUUAAAGGGCCCAAGGCAGAUCAGACUGAGUUGAAGGAGCACUGACACUCAUAUCUCAACGACACAUUUCAAAUCUCAGCCAUUGGGUUUCUCGUAUCCAUGUCCCGCAGUGCUAUGGAAGAAGCAUAUUUGCACAACAGAGGAGACAGGAAGUGGAAAUGUGGACCCUGUGCCUAGACUGCAGUCUGCAGCAUCUAGGGCUCAUUUUCCAAUCUCCAGACUGUCUAUGCUUUAAAUUCAAUACUUUUGAACCAAACAAUCUGGACCAUUUCUUGUCUGAGCCUAAUUCAGCGUGCCUUAUUUCAUUUAUUUAUGGAGACAAUGGGUGCCUUUUUUAAAUAUUUACAAAGUGAUUUGCUUAUUUCUGAUACAAAUGGUGUUAAUGUGGCUGAUGUUGAGUAAAGAUAUAUUUAUUUUGA